CUGAUAUUUUGAGAGAACAUGUCCAUAAGGUCCUAAAAGUCUACUUCUGCAAUGAGCUGUAAACUUUUAGGUACGUAAAAGAUAAACAUUUAAUCAGAACAUGUUAAUAAAUCCGGAAAUAAACUGCACCAUCAGGACACUAAAAGCCCUGUGAAUAAAUAAAAGACACUUCUCCCCCGAUACCUGAUGAUGAAGAAUUUGGCGGUAGUUUACAUUUCUCGUUACUGUAUCCCACGUUAUUUCGCAUAUUUGGUGUAACUUUGUUUCCCAGUUAUAUGAGGCUCAUUUUUAUGAACUGAGUUCCAUAAUUCACUCGUAAAUUUGAUGUCCAACAAAAGCAAUUGGAACGAAAAAGCCGCUUCGCAACUACAAAACAAAACUCUAAAAUCAGUCUCAGCUAUACAAAAUCUUAUUCAAAAUAUUAUAAAAACUUCACAUUCUUCUGAACUUCUAUCUUCCGCUAUCAGCCACACCAUCAAUCAGGAUUCUGUUAUAUCUUCAACAUCUAAUAAGGUCAUUCAGCUUACUUGUAUCAUUGACCGUCUGUCCGAUCAAGAGAAUCUUCUUCGAACACGUUUGGACCUUCUUUAAUAGUACAUUCUACAUUUUUAUCUAUAAAAUGUCCACUGCAACUUUACCAAACAUUCUAAUAACGGGCACACCUGGCACCGGUAAAACAACUAUCUCUAAAGAAGUAUCUAGACGUAGUUCACUUAAUUAUAUCAGCAUCAAUGACGUUGCCAAGGAAGAAGAACUAUAUGAUGGAUAUGAUGAAGCUAAUCAGUGUCAUAUCCUGGAUGAGGACAGAAUCCUGGAUGAAUUAGAAGAUGCUAUGUCAUCGGGUGGUCAGAUUGUUGACUAUCAUUCCUGUGAAUUCUUUCCCGAACGAUGGUUUGAUGCCGUGUUUGUGUUGCGAACGGACAACACCGUUCUCUAUCCCCGUCUCACUUCUCGUAAUUACUCCACCGAAAAGGUCUCAGACCUUAUUCAUUGUGAAAUUGUCCAGGUUAUUCUGGACGAGGCUCGUGAAUCGUAUAGUACAGACAAAGUACAUGAACUAAUCAAUAAUACUCCUGAAGACUUAGAAAGAAAUAUUUCUCAAAUCUGUGAAUGGAUCAAGCAGUGGCAUAUUGAAUCGUCCUAAAUCCGUUCCCAUAUUUCUAUAUGUAAAAUUAAACUGCAUGAAAAAAUAAUUGAUGAGAAACGGCAUAUAUAUUGCUAUCUUUCAUUAACUUUUUUUCAUUUCCAUGAUAACUAGACUAUGAAUAAAACGUAUGUAUAUUUGAAUCGCUUCUUUUGAAGUAAAUAUAUUUGUAACAUUCUGAAAUUAAUACAUUUCUCAAUUUUUGAGCUUAAAUGAUAAAUGUGAACCCUACAGUCUACCAAUCGUAAUCAACGUAUAGCGUGACAUAACUGUAUGUUGGCCCAAGUUACCACACCACAAUCUUCGGCUCUGCUCAUACUCCUAAUCUCUACAGUUUAGUGGAAGUUAUGUUAUCCUGAAAAAUGCCCAAUCCUCAGACGUAAUUGUAGCAGGGGGUUUUAAUGUCUGAGUAGGUAGUCUAAACCAAAGUCAAAGACACUUAGGUAAGUCUUCCUGUGUCCCAACUCGGCGAACAGACAACGGCAAUCGUCUACUCUCACUAUGCUUAGGAAACCGUUUAUUAUUAACAAGCACUAAAUUGACUCACAAAGUGAAACAUAUGGCAUAGAGGCCCUCAAAAUCUGUUUGACAAUACACACGAAAAAACCAUAUCCUAUAUUUCAGGAAUAACUAGAGAAGCAGUUAGUCAAUCGUCAAAAUGUGAUGUUCACUUCAAUAUGUAUUGGUGUGAUAUCCAAACAGCAAUGAUAUCUACCAAAAGGUUAAGAAGAAUCGGUGGGUUUCAGUCGCAGUUACUGAAUUUCUAGAUUAUCGGAAACUCAUCCCAUCAGAGUCGAAACACGAUCAGGAGCAAAGGCGAUGUGGACGUAAACUGACAAAAAACAUGUGCAAUGACAUGCGGCUGAAGCAAAAGAGAUGGAAACGACUGUGGUAUUAGGUAAUAAUGGACAGCUUUCCAAAUUUAUAAAAAAGCAGGUAUUAAAGACUUGGGUUUUAGUAAGACUAUCAAAAAAGUGGGAUCAUGACCCAGUCUUAGCCUAGGAGAUUGAAAAGCUGUGUGCAACACUUUAAAGCACAGUUUAACUGGUCUCGAAUCACUCUUAUGUUAUAUAUUGUUACCAAGCUACCCUAAUGGGAUGUCAAUAUAAAUCUUCAUCGAUUGAGAUGGUUGGGCCACGUAUUACUCACGCCCAACCGCCGACUACGACGGUGCGCAAUGCUGACUACUGUUGGGGGAAGCCAAACCAAAACGUGGCACUAGUCCACAAAGUCACUAAUUUCUGGUCCCAGCCAUGUUGGUAGAUGCAGACUACUAAGUUGGGGUCCGCGCAGCUAUCGUAACCAGCGGUCGGGGAC